ACCCGUGUCUUGUCUUCUCUCGUAAGCAGCAGCUGAGGAUUCUUUUGAUCUCCACAGAUGAAUGCCAUCGAAGAUCCAGCUUCUCCAAUUCAACAAUCCGCCGAAAACCCACUUCUCCCAUCAAGGUAAAAUCCUGUUGCCGUCUCUACAGAGCCCAAAGAUAUGUAUAAUUCUUCUUAUUUUACCUCAGUUCUAUCACUUCGCUGCAAAGCCUCACUUCUCUGUCCAUCCAACGAUUACUCUUUCCUGAACGAAAGAAUUGAAAGGAAUUCAUUCGGUGAUUACUGUUACUUCCUGAAUGAAAAAGUUGAUAGUAACUUGGUUCCAUUAUCGUCGCCGUCUUCAAUUUGUGUAUGUUGUGGACAUCCUCUUUAUAGAGUGCUAAUUAGCCCAGGGUUUUUUUAUGGGUUGAGGCAAUCGGCACUGCUUCAGAGGUCAGCCAGCAGACGGUUGAGUUUUGGCUGCAGAGAACGACGGGAGUCCUGUUGUGGGCAUGGUAGAAGAGGGAGGUGGAAAGAGAGAAGAUUUAGUCGUAUGGUUUUGGAGGAAAGCAGUAAAAGGGAUCGGUCGCGGGAUUUUGAUGAUGCUGAAGUGAUGCUUAGUUUGUUGACUGAGGAAGUGGGAGAGGAGUGUUUUGGUGCUAAGGGUAGGAAUUUUAGUUCGUCUAGGAGGGUUAAAGUGGAGAAUAGAGUUGGUGGUGCUGGUGGUACUUGUAGAAAGAAGACAGGAAAUGUUGAUUCCGGUUUGUUGGAGAGUAAAUCAAAGCGUGGAUUUGAAUCUGUGAGGAUUGAAUCAGGGGGGAAGGAAUAUAGACGAAAAGAAGAAAAUGGAAGAAGAGAAUAUGCGGGGAAUUUUUUGCAGGAUGAAAAGAGCAGGGAGAGGAAAGGGGGGUCUACUUGCUCGUCUUAUUACACGUGUUCUUCUGUGGAUGAAUUUGAGAGUGACACUGAAGUUCAUGUUACCAAAGAGGGUAGUGGAAAAGAAUCAGGAAGUGAGCUUAAAUGGGAUUUAGAAAAAAAUGGAGAAGUGAAAUAUGAUAGAGAAAUUCUGGAAGAAGGAAAGAAGGGCAGAGAUAUUGCAGGGGGAAAUGGGGUUGUUAUGCAACCAGGAAAAACUGCAGCAGGGUCAUAUGCAGCACCCCGUGGUUUUGAGUCUGAUUGGAGAAAGAAAUCAGAGAAGAAGCUUACUGAAGUAUCGAUUGAACAAAUAAAGACCAGAGAUAGCUCAUCGCAGAAGCAAUCAAGUUUGUUGGAGGUCCAAGAAACUGGUUAUAGUCAGGCUUCUAGUUCUCAUAAGCAAUUUGAUGAGAUAGAAAAGAAGUCAACAUUUUCUCUGAUUAUGGAUGAUGGAAUAAGACAGCAAUAUAGUCAGAAAGGUGACCAAUCCUCUGAAAAGUCUGAAUCAAGAAUGAAGUAUUUUUCUCAGGCACAGGAAAUUCAUGGUAGUGAUGUUGAAGUAAUUUCUAGCUCUGAGAAGUAUUCAGGUGGUAGUGAAGAAAACUUGAGUGCAGAAGGAAGUUCCAUCCAGGAAACAAGACAUGUACAUAGUAAAAUAGCUGGCCGUACUGCACACAAGGAUGACGACAGAAGAAAUUCACAGCAAUACCAUGAAGUCUCAGAAAUUGAAGAAAUCAAUUCUGGAGAGACCUCUACCUCCCGGAGACAGUCUGAAGCUAGAAUGAAGAAACAGGAAGACAUAUCAACUGUGAUUUUGAGUUCAGUUCGGGAUACAGAAGAGCGUCAUGAUGUAGCAGGUCAGUGGGACUCUAGGAAAAUGGACUCACAAAUAAAAUUCCAACAAUUGACUGAAUUAUCAGAUGCACAUGGCACAGCAGCUUCAUUGAGGCAUUCUGAUACUGAAAUGAAGAAUGAAGAAAGUAAUUUGAACUUCAUUCUUUGUUCUUCUGAACAAGAAGCAGAGGAACAGUUACAAAUGGGUCAACGAGCAAUUAGCAGAAGGGAAUCUAGAAAAACAUACCCAGGCAUGAACAAUAAAUCAUCCGUUCAUUCUAGUGAUGCUCAAAUUAUAAACAUCCAAGGGACUUCUGAAGAGAGAAUUAGUAGUCAGGAAACGUAUGUGGCAUCAGUGGUGAAGAAAUCAACUGCUGAAAGCAAGGAAGAACAUAUUUUGACUGAAGAAGGAGUCUUUGGGAUUGGAUCAACAAAAGAGACUCAGAGGCCUGGUACUGAGGUCACUUCAAUCAGGGCCUCUAGUCCCCAAGAAUCUUCGAUGUUAAAAACCCAACCCAUAAUGCAGCCUAGUGGUGUGCAUAUGGGGAAUAAGAGUAGCUCACAAGUAAUAGUGAUGCCUCCACCAUCUCAAGUGGUAGCAAAAGGUCCAUCGCAAGCCGGGCAAAGUAGUAAUUUUGCAAUCCAAGAGAUUUCUGGUGCAAAUUUGGAAAGUGAUUUUGAUGCUUUACCCUCACAUGCAGAAUUGGAUGCUCCAGAUUCACAACAUGAAACAUAUAUUGAGCCAAGAAGGGAUGAGAUCUGUGAGGAGCCUUUAGACGUCAUUUUCCUUGAGGAUGCACUAGGUUCGGCUGAUCAAUUUCAUAAAUCCUCUACGCUCUUUGUUGGUGAUUUCAUUGAGAAGGUGAAGAAUGAAGUGUCAACUUCUGAAGUUGAAAAUGUGAAUGGAAAUUCUGAAAAGGAAUUGGUUAAUGAAGUCCAUGAGCAUCAGUUGAAAAGCUCGACCUGGUAUGAUUCUGGAGAAUUCCAAUCAAAGGAGCAUGGCUUGAGGCACUUGUCUUGGAGUUCUGGAGUAAAGGGUUCUUCAGAUGAAAUACGUGAUCUGAUAGAUCCACCCAGUCAACAACAUGCUGAGUCAGAAGGACCAGACGACAGUACCCAAACCGCCAAUGUUGUUGCCAGGAGAACUGGGAGAUCCUUGUGGAAUAUUAUCUCAGAUAUAGUUUUGUUACGGUGGGUUUCACGAUCCAAAAGCCACAAUUUGACUCUAAAAUCAGGUGGAAAGAGUGCAUCAAAUCAAUCUGCUGGCAGCGAAACAUGGUUCUCUGGUCAUGAGCUGGAUGAAAACAGUGAUGAGAAUGUAAAAAGGGAGAAGAAAAGCAUCUCUCAAGAGUCCACUUCAGUUGAUCAGCAACAUCUAGGAACAAUUCCCACUGGAAGUCCCAGAAAAGGGUCUAGCUCAGCUGGGUCUGAGGACAACAAAUAUCAUAUGAGAGUGGAUGCAUUAUCGUCUUCAAGUCCCUCAAGAAGUGUGUCAGCCUCUGAAGGCAAUUUGUCAGUUUCCACUGAGAAGAAGUUUGGAAGGAGUGUCACUGCAAUGCCAGAAUCAUCAGUGUCAAAAUCAUCUUUACAUGUAAGAUCUCCUAAUGUAGAUGAAAUUUCAGAAGGCCACAAGACUGAUGUAUCUGCAAGUGGUUCAUCGGUGCUGAAGCAGCAAUUGGUUGGUACUGGUCUAGGAGAUGCGUCAGGGACUGAGGGCAAGGUUGGGGAAUUGAAGCAAACAAAACUUCAACGGACCCAUCAAGUCCCAAAAGAUAGGUUUGAUGAAUGGGAAGAAGCAUAUAAACUUGAAAAUGAGCAGCAAAAGAUUGAUGAAAUGUUUAUGAGGGAAGCACUGCUGGAGGCCAAAAAAGCUGCUGAUAUGUGGGAGGUGCCUGUUGGGGCUGUGCUGGUACAAAAUGGAAAAAUAAUUGCUCGCGGGUGCAACCUAGUAGAAGAAUUACGUGACUCCACUGCCCAUGCUGAAAUGAUUUGUAUACGGGAGGCUUCAAAUCUGCUUCAUUCAUGGAGGCUUGCGGACACUACCCUGUAUGUUACACUUGAACCAUGUCCCAUGUGUGCUGGAGCAAUUCUUCAAGCUAGAAUUGACAGUGUUGUGUGGGGAGCUCCAAAUAAGCUCCUAGGGGCUGACGGAAGCUGGAUUAGGCUGUUUCCUAAUGGGGAUGAACCCGGAACUGGCUUGGAUCCAACAGACAAACCACCUGCUCCGGUCCACCCAUUCCACCCAAAGAUGGCAAUCAGGCGAGGCGUAUUGGCAGCAGAGUGCGCCGAAGCAAUGCAGCAGUUCUUCCAACUGAGAAGACAGGAGAAGAAACCCAAUACUCCAGCCACACCCCCGCGUCUUCCCAUUUCAAGUCGUCCUAUCAAGCUUUUCGCCAAGAUGCACGAUGCGUUCCACAUUAUGUUCUGUUUGUAGUGGCUCAGACAAAGCUGUUUUUCCCGCUGUUCUCUCUGUCGCAAUUUAUAGCAUAGCAGUUCAUCGUGCGAGGCAACCCGGGGUUUGCAGAAUGGCCCUUGUGUAGACUGCAUAGCUCAGCAGGAGAGAGUAAAAGCGUGAAGUGGCUAACCUAACCCACCCCAACUGAUCUAGCCGGUUGGUCAGGUUGGUUCAGUUCUUGGGUCAUUCGGGUCUUUUGUAGCAAUGAAACACUGCUAAAUGAUAUCAGUUUCUGUGAAAGAAUGGUUACAUCUUUCAA